AUGCACAGAGUACCGCUUAUCGAGACUUACGACGGACGAAUAACAUUUCUAGAUGCUUGCCAGGUGUUCAAUGGUACCGGAGAGGAAAUGGCCGGCAAUGGGCUGCGCUCCGAGAUCCCUGAUAACUCUCCUCUAAUCUGUGCUAUCGACAACUGCCUGAAUAGCUCGCUUUGGGAAGACAGCGAAGGCGCCGCCCUCGACAAUGUGGCCAUCUUGGAUACGGGUAUCGAUCGAGGUCACUACUAUAUCGAAGCUCAUGAAGAAAACCUCAAAGGAAGGUUCAACUGCUACAACGAGGCACAGAAGAGAAAUGUUCAAGAUCGAAACGGACAUGGCACCUUCACUACGAGUCUAGUGCUCGCCUAUGCUCAGGACGCCGAGAUUUACAUUGUAAAAGUCGCGGACAGGGAGAAUACAAGACCCGAUGCCAAGAUCGUUGCAAAUGCUAUCAGCCAUGCAGUUGAUGAAUGGGGAGUGGACAUCAUAUCCAUGUCAUUCGGGUGGCCCUCUUCAAAUUUUGAAGGGCACAGUGUCCUCGAAGCUGCCAUUGAUAAGGCAUACGGCAAAAAGGUCCUCAUGUUUGCCGCCGCCUCUAAUAGUGGUGGCCGGCUUGGUCGAGCGUAUCCUGCCAGCAGUACGCAUGUCAUUUGCGUCCAUUCGACCAACACGAAUGGGACUAGGUCUGAUUUUAGUCCUACUGCUGCGCCCAAUGCCAUUAGCAUUGCGACAAUCGGCGAAUCGGUUGAGUCGGCGUGGCCGGUGUUACUUUGCGGCAAGGAUGAAUCAAACCCAAAAGUUUGUUCAGUCCCGGUCUGGGACAUCAUAUGCGACACCCAUUCUUGCGGGCAUCGCGGCGUUUCUAUUGCAUUACGCACGAUUGCAUCUGGACAAAGAAUCAGCAGACAGACUGAAACGAAAGGACGGAAUGGAAGCUCUACUGAAGAGGUGUGCAGAGAGGGACCCAAUUACUCGCCGAGGGACGGGUAUCUAUUCGUCGAGCUAAGCUUGAACAGCCACAACCUGUUUGGAAACAGCUUGGAGGAAGUGAACUAUGAAAUUAAGAAAGCGUUGAAGACGUAG